AGUGCGGUAGGCACUGGCCGGACCCCCGCCCGCCGAGCACAAGCCCGGGAGCCGUGCAUGUCAGCCGGGCGCCGCUUCUGCUAAGAGGCCCAGUUGCGAGCCCGCCCGCCGGCCCCGAUGCAGCAGCUGCCCGCCAAGGACCAGGCGGUCUUCCGCUCGAUCGUCAAGUUCUACGAGACCAAGCAGUACAAGAAGGGCGUCAAGGCCGCCGACUCGAUCCUGAAGAAGCACCCCGACCAUGGAGAGACUCUUUGCAUGAAGGGCCUGACCCUCAGCUACUUGGAUCGCAAGGAGGAGGCCUACGAGCUUGUGAGGAAGGGCCUCAAGUUCGACCUGAAGAGCCACAUCUGCUGGCACGUGUUCGGACUGCUGUACCGGCAGGACAGGGACUACUUUGAGGCUGUGAGGUGUUAUAAGCAGGCGCUGCGCAUCGACCCAGAGAACAUUCAGAUCUUGAGGGACCUGUCCCUGCUGCAGAUCCACCGUCGGGAUCUGCCAGGGUUCGCUGAAACGCGGAGGAAGCUUCUGCAGGUGAAGCCUGGCAAUCGCUUGAAUUGGGUCGGCUACGCCAUCGCCGAGCAUCUUUGCAAGAGUUAUGAGUUUGCGUGGACGUGCAUUGACAAUUACGAGAAGACGUUCAAAGACGACAGCGUGGCAGAUUACGAGAAUUCGGAGUUGUACAUGUACAAGGCAACCAUAAUGGAGGAGGCCGGCAAGCUGGAGGAGGCGCUGGACAUGUUGAAGAAGUGCGAGUCCAGCAUCGUGGACAAGCUAGGGCUUCUGGAGAUGAAGGCUGUCGGGAAGGGGAGAUAUCAGGAAGCCUCUGACAUCUACCGGGAGCUGAUCGGCAUGAACCCCGAGCAUCACCAUUACAUCCAGGGCCCAGCCGUCCGUCUCGGCCAGCCAUUGGCCAGCCCUCGGUUCCUGCACCACGCAUUGCCCAGUUCGAGCCUGGACCUGGCGAUGCACUCGCUGCCCUUCAACCCCGCGGCGCCGCCCGCGGCGACGCCCGCGAUGCACCCGUCGGCCACGACGCCACCUCAUGCUCAGCACCAGAGGCCCUCGCCGAAAGGCCGCAGCGCCGCGCCAGGCCGCCGCGGCCGCUCCGGCGUCCGCGCCAGCCCCGCGCAGCCACCUGGCUCCGACGCCUCGAGACGGGGCGCGGACGUGCCGUCGACCAUGGCCUCGUUCCCGCAGUCCAUGCACCCGGAGGGCCUGCCCAUCUGGGGCUGGCUCCCCCCGCAGCACGCGCUCAAGGCGCAGAAGCGGGUGACCAUCGGCAAGAGGCAGCACAAGAGGCGCCUUGAAUCGUACGAGCCGCAGGUGCCCCUGACGGAGGAGGAGGAGGAGGCCGUCAGCGGGUUCUUCGACGACCUGCAGAAGGAGUUUCCCAAGUCGGACUCCCUGAAGCGGCUGCCGCUGUACUUCGUCACCGGGGCGCGCUUCCAGAAGAGGCUGGACGGCUACCUGCGCUCGAAGCUGCGGAGGGGCGUGCCGUCCCUGUUCCGGAUGGUACGGCCCCUGUACUUCCAGCCGGGGAAGCCCGCUCUGAUAGAGGAGCUGCUCCAGCAGUACCUCAGGUGCCUCGAGGAGGAGGUGCCGUGGUUCGGCCCCCCUGUUGGUGAGGCCGGCACCAGCGAUCAUGACGAGGAGCCUCCUUCCUGCCUGCUUUUCACUCUCAUGGUCGCCGCCGAGCACUUCGACUUCCUCGGUGACACCCCCAAGGCGUUAGAGUACGCGGACAAGGCCAUCGAGCACACGCCGACGCUUGUCGAGAUCUACGCGUGCAAGGCGAAGAUAUACAGGCACGCGGGCAACUUGGAGGAGUCGGCCCGACUGUUCGACGAGGUGAGGCAGAUGGACCUCGCGGACCGGUUUCUGAACACGCAGUGCGUCAGGGCGUUCCUGCGCACGGACGACACCCAGCAGGGCAUGGAGAAGGCGCUCCUCUUCUCGAAGGAGCCGGACUCUCCCGAGGCGGCCAACCUGCAUGACAUGCAGUGCAUGUGGUACGAGUCUUUCGUGGGGCGCAGCUACACCAGGCAGGGGAAGCCCGGGCGAGCGCUCAAGAAGUUCAACGAGACCUUCAAGCACUUCAGCGACAUCGCUGAGGACCAGUUCGACUUCCACAACUACUGCCUGCGGAAGACGACCCUGAGGUCCUACGUCGCGAUGCUGCGGAUGCAGGAGCGCCUGUACUCCCACAAGUUCUACCGGGCGGCGGCGAAGGACGCCAUAAAGAUCUACGUGGACCUCUUUGACCGGAAGGAGCGCGGGGAGGUCCUCACCAGCAAGGACGAGGCCGACGGCAAGGAGGCCGAGAUGACCGCCGCCGAGAGGAAGAAGAUGAAGCACCAGAAGAAGCGCCAGGAGAAGAAAGAGGACCCCCCCGCCUCAAAGGACGGGAAGACGACGGCGAGCGGGAAGCCUAAGAAGGUCGACGACGAUCCCGAGGGCGAGAAGCUUCUUGAGAAGGACCCCAUGGAGGAGGCGAGCAAGCUGGUGAAGACUUUGGUGCUGUACUGCGACGCCGACGCGGCCACACACACUCUGACGUACGAGGUGGCCCGCCGCCAGGGGAAGCUGCUCCACUGCUUGCAGGCCCUGCUCCGGCUCUGGAAGCUGGCUGGAGGAGACCGGACGGACUACAAGCUCGCCGAGCCGCUGCUGCACUUCUGCUUCAAAGCCGGGCUGGACGACCCGUCCGUGUCGAGCGUGGUGAGGGAGGUGGUCCUGUCCGAGGUCGCUCCCCUGGUGGGCAAGGACGGCCCGCUCGGCGGCGUGGAGGCCCUCCGGGCGGCGGCGGGCGAGGUCGCCGACGCGCUGGAGAAGAGGAUCAAGGCGGAGGCGGGGCUGCCCCUGAUAGAGGUCCUCUACAGCCUGCGGGCCCUCAAGAACGCCGGCAGGGACACGAAGCCGCUGCUGGAGCAGUGGCGGCCGGAGGGGGCCUUCGCCCUCAAGGAGUGCACCAAGAUGCUGAGCUACCUCGGGGGGGAGUUCGGCAAGGACUCCACGGCCUAUGAGAAGUUCAAGCAGAGGUGCUUGGACCUCUUCCCCCUGAUGGUGAUCCGCUGAGUCGGGGUCAGUUUUGUAGGUCGGGUGGCCUUCUGCGCUCCGGGAAGGCCCAGGAUGUGCCGCCCCGAGGCGCUCACGGCCUGGGCGGCCUCGCGCGCGGUAGCGCCGUCCAGCCGUCCGGCGCGGGGCGGGGCCCGGGACCAGCGAGCGGGUGGCAUGUUGAUCACAGCCCUCCUUCGAAGGGUUGAACGAUAUGUCACCGACUGGGCCUGGACAUAAGGACACGUCCACCGUUUGGCUGUAGAUCUGAAGCCGUUUUCAUAGAUCUACCCUGUCUUGAA